GAGAAUUUGGAUCUCAUGCCUUCAAUGAUAAUCAUUUUUAUGGUGAAUCCUCGAUCAUAUUCGAGUGAGACGUGUUUGGAGCAGGUUAGAAAACGAUUGGAACGUCAACAUGAGCAGAACAUAGCCUAAAUUUUCUAUAAAUGUUAGAAGAUAAGUUAUAUGUGUCAUUCAGUGCCCUUUAAUCGAUUCAAGCUGGAGAAGGGAAAUCUAUAAAUUCAAAAUGCCAGUCGUAGCAAGGAAUUGUCCUCAUAUCGCUAACCAUGGCGAUCUUUCCUAUAUCGAAAGUGUAGUUUCUCAAAAAGACAGAUAUAAUAAUAAGUGCAAUGAUUGUAAUUGUAAUGGACCGAAUCUUUGGUUAUGUCUUUUCCCUGAAUGUCGUUGGGUUGCUUGUGCAGAAACACAUUUAAAUCAUAGUACCGUUCAUAAUCAAAUGUUUCCUGCUCAUUGUGCUCAUAUAAAUCUUACUACGAAUCGUAUAUGGUGUUAUGCUUGUAAAAAAGAAGUUCUUUCAAGAUACAUACCAUCACCACCAUUGUCACCUAAUCAAAUAGAUAUCAAAACAAUGGGAAAUAAAUUUUCUGGAGAUGCACCUAAUAAUAUUGAUAAUAAAAUGGAUGGUUUGGAUAGGCUUAUGCUGGACAAAUUCUAUGGGGAAUGGUUUGUAAAUAAAGUAAAUAAUGAUAGAGGAUUAUUUAAUGAGAAAUCUGGCGACUCUCCAGAUAGCACAGAUUCAGACGAAAGUAAAGAUUUUUCUGGUAAACCAAGGGGCUUAGUUGGUCUUCAAAAUAUAGGUAAUACUUGUUACAUGAAUGCAGCACUUCAAGCACUAUCCAAUGUGCCACCUUUGACACAGUUUUUUUUGGACUGUGGUCAUUUGGUACAUUAUAUGUCCAAAGAUAAGAAGCCUGCAUUGAGUUUAUGUUAUUUAAAUCUUAUCCGAGAUAUGUGGAAUAGGAAAACGCGCGGAUACGUUGUGCCACAUGGCAUUUUAUCUGGUAUUAGAACUGUUCAUCCUAUGUUUAGAGGAUAUCAUCAGCAUGAUACACAAGAAUUUUUAAGAUGUUUUAUGGACCAAUUGCAUGAAGAAUUAAAGGAACACAUAGAAGAUGACAAAGAUAUGUUGCUAAGAUUGAAAGGCCUCGGUGAACAUUCAUCCGACGAUGAUGAAACUGAAGUAGAUGGAAAUGGUUCAAGUCAGUCAGAUGGUGAAUAUGAAACAUGUGAUUCAGGAGUAAGCGAGCAGAGUUCUUUAAGUGAUGAAGGAGAACGUGGUACAAAGAGACGUUAUUCUCGUGUUUCUCAAUCAGAAAAAUUAAGAAAUAAAUUUACUAAUAGAAGUAUUAAAAAAUCUACCGUUGAGCAAUCUUUUCCUCAGCAACAAAGGUCUGCACCAAACUCGCCUGCCAAACAUCGUACCAAAAAACAAAUGAAAACAAGAAGUAUCAUAAGUGAUAUUUUUGAUGGUAAGCUUUUAAGCAGUGUACAGUGUCUAACAUGUGACAGGAUUUCUACAAGAGUAGAAACAUUUCAAGAUUUAUCAUUACCUAUUCCAAGUAGAGAUCAUAUUGACAUGUUACAUCAGGGAUCUCUUACACCUCAAAAAGCAGGGCCAUGUUCUGAUGUUGUUUAUGUAACAAAUCAGAAUGGUUGGCUUUCAUGGUUUUUACAAUGGAUGCGUUCUUGGUUUUGGGGUCCAGUUGUUAGCCUUCAUGACUGUCUCUCUGCAUUUUUCAGUGCUGACGAGCUAAAAGGAGAUAAUAUGUAUAGUUGUGAGAAGUGCAACAAACUUCGUAAUGGAAUUAAAUUUUCUAAAGUACUAGAGCUCCCAGAAAUACUUUGUGUUCAUUUAAAAAGAUUUCGUCAUGAACUAAUGUUUAGUUCUAAAAUAGCAAAUUAUGUCUCUUUUCCAUUAGAAGGAUUAGAUAUGAGGCCAUACUUGCAUAAGGAAUGCGUGUCUAAAGUUACUACAUAUGACUUGAUAUCUGUUAUUUGUCAUCAUGGUACAGCUGGUGGUGGUCAUUAUACAUGUUAUGCAUUGAAUUCUAUUGUUAAUAAAUGGUUUGAAUUUGAUGAUCAAUGUGUUACGGAGGUUCCACCAGAAACUGUUAAACAUUGCGAAGCUUAUGUGCUAUUUUAUAAAAAGUGGUCUCCAGAGAUGAUGCAACUACGUGAUAGAACAAUGGAAUUAAUGGAAAUUUCAUCUCGUGAACCAUCCGAACUAAAUUUCUUUGUAUCACGACAAUGGAUAAAUCGUUUUAAUACAUUUUCUGAACCAGGGCCUAUAGAUAAUUCUGAUUUCCUUUGCCCUCAUGGUGGUGAAAAUCCUAUGACAGCUCAAAUAAGUGAUAAACUUUGUAUGCCGAUACCACAAGCUGUUUGGGAAUAUCUUUAUAAUACAUUUGGUGGUGGACCAGCAUGUACGCAACUUUAUGAAUGUCCAAGUUGUGAAGAAAAGUAUGAAUCUUUGCAAAAAAGAAGACAGUAUGAGAUGGAAAUAUUUCAACGAUUAAAUCAUAAUACAGAAAAUCAUGGUGCUAUUUAUGGUUUGGCAAUGGCCUGGUUGCGACAAUGGCAAGGUUUUGUUAGAGGUAAAGAAACUCAACCACCUGGACCAAUUGAUAACAAUUCAAUUGUCGUAAAUAAAAAUGGACAAAACAUACUUAAAGUUGGAUCAGAUUGUGGACAAAUACCAGAAGAACUAUGGCACUUUUUCUUAAAUACAUAUGGCGGAGGUCCAGAAUUAAUGUUACAUUCAUGCCAACGACCAAUACCUCCACAACCUAAUACUUCAUUACAUUCCACUUCAAGUCCAAAUCUUACAGAUCAGAGUCUUAAAUCUGGUCGUACAGAAAUGAAAUCUAAUAAAGUUUGUGUAGCUAGAAGUUCAGAAACACUUUCACAACAAGAUAGUGCUAUUGAAAGUAUAACGUCUGAUAGUGAUUCUCACCAAACACAAAGAGAUGUUAAUGAGUAAAUAAGAUAUCGUAUUUAAUAAACAUUUUACAGUACAUUUAACUACAAAUAAUUUCCAUUGAGCAUUCAAAGUACAGCAGAUAAAUGUGUAAUAAAAUGGUUAAAUUUUGCCUUUGUCUUAGAUGUCACUGUGUUAUAAAUACAUUAUUAGACACUUUAACAGGAGUAUUUAAUAUAAAUAAGGAUUUAAGUGCACAUUAUUGCUUGUAUAAUACAAUGAUGAUGCAAAAUGUUAUUUAAAUCAAUUAUUGACGAUUUACAAUCUAUAUAGUCUUAUUAACGUUUAUCUGUACAUUUAAUUUCUUGCUAGUAUGUAUAUAUAUAUAUAUACAUAUAUAUAUAUAUAUACACAUACACACAUAUAUAUAAUUGAUCGUAGACUCUUGAAUAUUUUAUGCUUAAUGGGUAAUAUUGCUAGUACAAGGUUUGGUUUCUAAGAUAUUGUAUUAUUUUUUUUAAGGGUAUUUUUUAAGCGUAUUUUUUAAGCAUAUUUUUUUUUUCAAAUUGGUGGCUAUAAUCAGUCUCUUAAGAGUCUUGUAUUUCAAAUUAUUUGUACAUUUAUUACAUUUGUGUGUCAUUCCUGCAUGUACAAAAUAAUGUUAUAAAAUUCUCAAAAAUUAUGUAAAUACACACAUGUUAUGGUAUGUUAUUAUGCAUUUUCUUAGAAAAGGUAAAAGACUGACAAUGAAAUCAGCUAUAGUUACGUUUUCGUUGAAUAUCAUGUGUCAAAUGAUAUUAUUAUAUAAAUAUUUAGUUGAACGAUUUAACAUCAUAAUGUGAAAAAAAAAAACAGAAAAGAAAUUCAUAAUAGAAAACCGAAAUUUCCAACUUUUAAUUUUUAUUAAACAAUUGAUGUAUACAUUUGCAUAAUACACUUAAAAGGAUGUUUUACGUUAUAAUCGCACAAGUGUUACCAAAAAAUAGUGAUGCUAAUACGUAAUAUUAGUUUUUGUACAAUAUUAUAAAUGUUUUAUCACUUUAUCUUUAUAAUUACACGGCUUUCUUUUUGGUAGUUGAAAUAAUUAAAAAAAAAAAAAAAAAUCCACCAUUGAAAAUUAAUUAAGAUAAUAAAUGUAAGGAUAAUAACUACCAAAAAGUCACUGUGAAAAAUUUAAGAUAAGUAAUAAAAACAAAUUUUUUUUCUCUUCUUCUUCUUUUUUAUUUAUUAUAAAUAUAAAUAUAUAUAAAUAAAUAAAUAUAUAUAUAUAUAUAUUUUUAAUAUAUCAUCUUUAAAAAUUCAUAAACAGCUUACAAUUUGAAAAAAAAUUCAUGAUUAUCUAGUAGAAAAAACUUUCUUACCAUUUAAGAGUAGAAAUCUAUGGGGUAGAAAAAAUAAUAGCUUCGUAAGAACAAUCAUAUUAUUUCGUAUUUUUGUGAAUAUCAUAAAUAAACAUUAUCUUAAUUGUACACACACACACACGCAUGCAUAUAUAUAUAUAUAUAUAUAUAUAUAUAUAUAUAUAUGUACAUAUAUAGAUAUGUGUAUAUAUAUAUAUAUAUAUAUAUAUAUAUAUAUCUACAUAUAUAUAUAUUUGUGUGUGUAUGUUCGAUGUGAUUAUACAACACCUUUAGUGUUUGUACGCAAUAAUAUAUUAUAUACCUGCAUAUAUAUAAAAAAUGUCAUUUAUUAUUGGACAAGAAAGAAAAAGAAAAAGAAAAAGAAAAAGAAAAAGAAAAAGAAAAUAUUUUCAAUAACAAUCAAUUGCUUGAUGUGCAAUAAAAAAAUUAAAAAAACAAAACACGCCUCUCAAACAAAUUGCAUAUGUAGAUAAAAAGUAAAAAAAAAAAAAAAAAAGAAACAUCUUAAUUGUCGUCAUCGGUACUCUUGCUAUUAUUGUUAUAAAAAAAAAAAUAUUUUUACUAUUUCAUCAAACUUUAAAAUAGACAUACAUAUGUACACAUAUA